AUGCCUGCAGACGACAUCAUCAUGGAGCAGGGGUACGACAACGCGUAUGCGCUGCAGCAGAUCGAGGAAGGCCACAACCUUCUGUUGAGCCGCCCACCACACACACACGCCAACAAGCCCGGUCCCUCAAAGACUGGCAAGACACUCCCUCGUCUGAUCACUCUCGGAGGAGACCACACCAUCACACUCCCUCUUCUCCGUUCCAUCAACCGAGAAUACGGUCCCAUCACCGUCAUUCACUUUGACAGCCAUCUCGACACCUGGCGCCCCAAAGUCUUCGGCGGCGCCCCUUCGGAACAAGCCAGCAUAAACCACGGCACCUACUUCUUCCACGCCGCCCAAGAAGGCCUCCUCGCAAACGACACCAACAUCCACGCCGGCAUCCGCACGACCUUAUCCGGCCCCUCUGACUACGAAAACGACGGCUACUGCGGCUUUGAGAUCGUAGAGGCCCGCGAGGUCGACAAGAUCGGCACCGAUGGCAUUAUCAAGAAGAUCCGCGAGAGGGUGGGGCUGGAGAAGCCUGUCUAUCUGAGUAUUGAUAUUGAUACGCUGGAUCCUGCUUUCGCACCCGCAACCGGCACCCCCGAAACCGGCGGCUGGACCACACGCGAACUGCGCACCAUCAUCCGCGGCCUCGAAGGCAUCAACCUCAUCGCCGCGGAUAUCGUCGAGGUGGCGCCUGCUUACGACACCAAUGCUGAACUCACCACUAUGGCUGCUGCUGAUACGCUGUAUGAGGUUAUGACGUUGAUGGUUAAGAAGGGGCCGUUGAGCUAUAUGGGGGCGCCGGAGGAGAUUAUGGAGUUGUAG